CAUCAUCACCAUCAUCAGCAGCAUCAGCAGCAACAACAGCAGGCAGUGGCCACGGCGGUGUCACUAACAUCAUUAGUGUUAUUGAUACCAUUAUCAUCAUCAUCGUGAGCAACUGCAGCGAGUAGUGGCCACGGUACUGUUACUGAAGUCAUCAUCAUCAUCAGCAAGUAGUGGCCACGGUGCUGUUACUGAAGUCAUCAUCAUCAGCAAGUAGUGGCCACGGUGCUGUUACUGAAGUCAUCAUCAUCAGCAGCAAGUAGUGGCCACGGUGCUGUUACUGAAGUCAUCAUCAUCAUCACCAAGUAGUGGCCACGGUGCUGUUACUGAAGUCAUCAUCAUCAUCACCAAGUAGUGGCCACGGUGCUGUUACUGAAGUCAUCAUCAUCACCAAGUAGUGGCCACGGUGCUGUUACUGAAGUCAUCAUCAUCAUCACCAAGUAGUGGCCACGGUGCUGUUACUGAAGUCAUCAUCAUCAUCACCAAGUAGUGGCCACGGUGCUGUUACUGAAGUCAUCAUCAUCAUCACCAAGUAGUGGCCACGGUGCUGUUACUGAAGUCAUCAUCAUCAUCAUCAGCAAGUAGUGGCCACGGUGCUGUUACUGAAGUCAUCAUCAUCAGCGAGUUGUGUCCACGUUGGGGUUACUGAAAUCACGAGCACUAUCGUCUUCAUCAUCAUCAUUAUCAAAUACAAUUUCGCUCUUGGGACUCAUCUCAUCAUUCACUUCGCCGAGUGUCGCGCUCCCUUCCUCACCCCUCUCUCUCUCUCUCUGAGGCUCUUUCAUUCAGCGCUCAAUCAAUCUCUGUCACUCGCACACGGCACGAUCGAACGAUGUCCAACACGUACAGGACUUCUGAGCGCUCAGAGGCGUCGCAAGCAGCAGCAGCAGGAAGGGCAGGUGGCGGUUCGCGGCGCAUUGACGCGAACAGCAAUCACGAUCUGCUGCUGUCGUCGGGAUACAGGUCACCUGGCCACUCGCGUCCCGCAUCUCCUGGACUCAGGCGCAGCGUGUCAGAGAUGCAGGAGCAGCUCAAGAUGUACAAGAGGCAAAUGGAGAAGAAGGACGAGAUGAUCGCCACCCUCUCAGCCGGCAGAAGGAGCAGUUCCUCAGGCGCGAAGGUGACGUUCGAGCCGCUGCUGGAGGCCGCCGCGGCGCCGUCGCGCGAGCUGCUGUCGGGCAGCCACUACCGCACGGCGGCGGAGACGGCACGCAGCGAGCUCGCCGCCAUGCAGGUCAAGCAGGAGGGGCUCGAGGCGGAGCUGCGGGAGCUGCGUGGGCGCCUGGCGGCCAAGGAGUCGGCGACGCAGGAGCUGCGUGCCGAGCUGGAAUCCCACCGUGAGAACGGCGCCCGGCAUGCGUCGCUCAUCCAGUCGCUGCGUGAGCGGCUGCGCGACACGGAGGAGGCGUCGGGCGCCCUGAGCUCGGCCCGCGCACGCUACGACGCCAGCAUGCAGGCCGCGCAGGAGGAUGCCCGCGACAUGCAGGCCCGCAUCGCCGAGCUGGAGGAGCGGCUCAGGUUGCACCUGGCCGAGAGGGAGCAGGCGGAGCAGAGAGCCGUGGCGAUGGACAAGCGGCUGGAAGAUGCCGUGGACAAGCUGUCCAGGGGGCUCAACGUGGACGCGCGCGCGGAGGAAUACCCCAUCGACCUGCUGGCCUCCCGGGCCACCGAGCUCUUCCAGGAGUGCGUGCUCCAGCGGGCCAAGAUCGCGAGCUUCGAGGGCGCCUUGGCCUCGCAGGAGGUGGAGGCGAAGGCGAGUCGCGAGACCAUCAUGCGCCUCGUGUCAGAGGUCGGCCGCGAGCAGAAGGUCGCCAGCUCGCAGGGCCAGGAAGCCGAAGCCCUCCGGAAGGAGCGCGAGUCGGCGUUGCAGGCGCGGCGCUCCCUCGAGCGGGAGGUGGAGGUCCUCCGCGAGCGGCUGGAGGCUGGGCAACGUGCGUGGGACGCGGCGCGGCGCGAGCUGGCACAGUGGGAGCACCGGCGCGCCGAGCUGGACGGCGGCCUGCGCUCCAGCGAGCACGAGGCGCGCGCCGCCCACGCGGCGCUGCACGCGUUCCGCUCGCAGCUCGCCGCGAUCCUCUCCGACGGCGACGACGGCGGCGGCCGCGACCGCCGUCCGGCCGCGGGCGCCGGCGGCGGCGGCGGCGGCGAGGAGGACGUCAAGGAGCGCGUGCGGCAGCUGGUGGUCGCCCAGCAGCAGGGCAAGGCGGUGAGCAGCGCGCCCGGCCGCUGGCGACCGGCGCUUACACCCGCCGGUGAAAUGAACCGCGAGCUGACGGCGGAGCUGGAGGAGCGUGUGUCGCGCCUCACCGCCCAGCUGCACCGCGAGGCCGAGCAGAGCCGCGACGGGGCCCGGCGGGUGCGGCGGGCCGAGGAGCGCGCCCAGGAGAUGGCCGAGCGGCUGCGUGCCGUCGAGGGGGAGCUCGCCACGGGCGACGUGCUUCGCGACGGCCUCUCCUUCGACCGCCAGAAGUACAUGCGCUUCCUGGAGGACCUGGGCCGGCGGCUCAAGGUGGAGGAGCUGGGAGUGGACGUGGGCUUGGACCUGCAGUUGGAGGCAAUGCUGGCGCGGGCCGACCACCUCGCCAAGCUGGAGUGUGACUCCACAGCCGACGGAAAGACUCUGCUCUACAGCCUGCAGCGCAAGGUGAAGGCCCAGAAGGAGAAGCUCCAGAGCAAGGAGCUUCACCUGGAGAUGCUGCGCAAAAAGGUGUCGCAGCUCGAGGAGGAGCGAGGCACGAGGACGGCGCUGGCCGUCGAGCGCGACGACGCCAACGCCGCGCUGCACAAACUGCACCGGCGCUCCGAGCGCCUGCAGCAGCAGCUGGACGCUGCGCGCACCGCCAACACGGAGCUCAAGGCCCAGCUGGCAGACGCGCACGGCCUCAAGAUACAAACGCUGGAGCAGAACAAGACGAUCGCGGAGAUGGGACGCUCGAUAGACCGCCUGGAGAAGGUGAAGGACAAGGCGUCGCGGAAGGUGGCGUCGUUGCGAGGGCAGCUGGACAUGACGGCGGAGGGCGCCCAGGAGGAGAUGGAGCGGACACGCGUCCUCCUGGAGGCCACCACGGGAGAGCUACGCACAGUCAAGCGCGCCCUUGAGGAGGUGGCGCGUCGCGAGAAGCAGCUGCUGGACUUCCGCGAGGUGGUGGGCCGCACGCUGGGCCUGGACGUGGCCUCGUUGGCCGUGCCGGACUACGAGGUGGUGGCGCGACUGGAGCGCCUCGUCCGCGCGCAGCACGCCAGCGUGGCCACGGCGGCGGCGCUCGACGGCUCCCUGGAGCGGCUGCACGGCGGCUUCCGCGCCGGCUACCGUGGCCAGCGGCAUGAGCCGCGCGCGCGCUCCGUGUCGCCCGUGCGCGCUUACGGCUCCGUUGACGCCGACAGGUUUUGACGUGGGGCCGGAGUCACCGCCACCGCCGCCGUCACCACCGCGGUGGGAGGUGGUGGGGGUUGCGCUGCGCUAGGCAGUCGAGGGGGGUAGAUCUGCAUCAAUCGGUCAGGAUAAGGGUUGGCAUUUGUAGGCCUUCGCCAACUAAAAGUGCCUUACGUUACGUCUCGUCUCAGCCAUUCCAUUGCCCUGCUGCAGUCUAGCCAAGGGGAGCCCAUAUGGCAGCUGUCCCUGUGAGGCACCAGGUAUGUGCAGCAACGGCCUGCAAGUGGACAUAGGCUGGCAGUAGAGGGUUAAUUUACUACGUGGGUCUUCACAAUUGCAAAUAAUUGAUCAAAUUCGGAUAAUUUGGGCCGUGUCGUUGGCACACAUUGCACUCUUUUCAGAUAAAGUCUCAGGAUCGUGAACGCCCACUGCAGCCAUGGCCCAUGUUUAUCGUUAAUGCAACCGCAAUAUUUACCAAGGUGGCCGCGGGGCUCUAACCGCGAACAAUUGCAAAAAGCUGGCAAACUCGCUAGGACUCGUCGGUGAGCUCGCAUUUCUGUUCACGCCCCCCCCCCCCUACUAUUUCUGCUCUUCACCCCCCACAACCUGAUUCCCACACGAAGUCGUGCCACACACCCGAUAGCCAUGCCUCUAGCCGUGUGGCAGCACAGGAUGGAACGAGAGUGGCGCUCGCGUAUUCCUUUACAACAACAAAAAUGUUGAAUCGCUGUAAAAGCCUUCGGCGUGUGGCAGUCCGUAUGAGCGCACAUCACACGGGCAUUAGCAAUGAGCCAUGUAGUUUUACACUCACACGGGAUGGUUUACCGCUCUGUGCCUUCCACUCGCCGUACGAAGAACCUACCUCUUGUUGCGUGUACACAAGGCCCAACGCACCAGGCGGCCACAAGCGUGCGGCGCCAUUGAAGGCGGAACGGAUAAUGGUUCGCACGUGGCUCGACUUGAGUAGGGUCGUUUCAAUUUCAUUUCCAUUUAUUAGGUACAACGCUGUGAGCCAUGCGGCUCUUGACUCGGGUGCAACCGCAACAAAACAAAAAACAUGAACAAGAAACAUCAUAUAGUGACUACACGCAACAGAAAAAUCCAGGAAAAAACAGCAAAGUCUUCCGUAAGGGCUUGGGAAAAGAGACGGUGGGAUUCCAGUGCGGAGCGGUGCGAGGACAGAAACAGAAUGAGAGAUGUAUUGGGUGCAGUUCCAGUGACGAAACACAAAUUGGUUUGGUGAUGCUGCAUUGGCAGCAGUGCACAAGCACAAUUAAACAACAAAUUCAACACACUCCUCAAUGACACUGCCUGAAAAUAAAAAAAUAUAUACACAUGCAAUCGGUGACAUUUUAGGCAUUGGUCCCUUUUUUCUCUGUGCUAUGAAGAAGGCCCAUUGUCCAAAAGAUGUGCCGAUUACAUCCAGUAUAUAUAUUUCUGUCUUUCAAGGUAGUAAUUUUGUAUCAUUGUGUUGAGUUUGGCGUAACGCAGCCAGGAUGAGAUGAAAGCCUCAGUCUGGUAGAACGAGCCCAUUGACGAGGGUGCAGGAAUAAACGGAGUGAUGUUCACGUGAACAGUAGCCAUGGUGAGCGGCGGUAGAAAAGUGAUAGGGAGGCGAUUGACUGCCCGGGUUGAGGGAGCGAGUGGCUGGAGUGAAUCAGUGAGUGCCAGAUCAUCAGUCAACGCUGCCUGCUCUACCACCGAAUUCUAUAGAGUAGAGUGAGAUAGCAACUCCGUGCUCCGCCCCAUGAAUAAAUCAUUACAUGCACGUAGCCUGCAGCGCUGUGUUUUGGGACGUUACGGAAACGUAUUACCUGCCUAACGCCCAGAGUACUAAGAGAUGCAUCAGUCGUAGGCACCAAAGGAAAUGGUUUUAUUCUUUGGUUCUUUCGGUAAAGUCACGUAUAAAGAAAAAAUAAUAAAUUAAAUAAUAACAUACGACGUUUCGAUUGCAACACAAGCAAUCAUCAUCAGGUAUAA